AUGUCCGACUCUUCUUUGUCCUCAGUGUCCUCCUCGGAGGCGGGCGAUGAGUAUGAACAAGUGACUCAUGACGUGACGAUGGACGAGACCGAGCACCCGGCGAAGCGCCUUAAGCUUGGUGAUGUAGGCUCCGCGACACCUUCGGCCGUUGUCGCCGAAGCAGAUCCAGACCCAGAACCAGAAGUGGAGACAAAGGCGGACGAUUUCGACGAUGCCAUGUCGAUAUCCUCCGAUUCCUCGAGCGACAUACCCAGCUCACCAGCUAACGCGCGUCUUGAGGACGAAGACUUCCAACCGCAAGUCACGCAGUGCGUAUGGGAGGAUUGCGACGCUGGGGACCUAGGUACAAUGGAUAGACUGGUCAAGCACAUCCACGAUGAGCACAUAGAAGGUCGGCAGAAGAAAUACACCUGCCAAUGGAUUGGCUGCAGCAGGCAAGGUGCCAACCACGCCAGUGGCUAUGCUUUGAAAGCUCACAUGCGAAGCCACACACGAGAGAAGCCCUUCUUCUGCUAUCUCCCAGAAUGCGACAAAUGCUUUACCAGAUCCGACGCGCUAGCUAAACACAUGCGAACGGUUCACGAAACGGAGGCUCUUCGACCCUCCGACCCUGUACCAAAAGGUCUACAAUCUGGUGGUGCCGCUGGCAAGACCCCGAAGCUAAAAAUCAUCAUCCGCACGCCACAGUCACAUGCCGCGGGCCAGGAUGACGCUGUUGAGGACGGGCAUAGCGGGGACGAGAACUCUACAGAGCACUUGACCCAGCUGACAGAGAAAGACGGUUUCACAACACGGGAGCUGGAAAUGCAGUGGCAGAAGCUCCAUGCCGUGUGUAGAAGUCAAUUACAGUGGGCGCAGGAGGACGCUGAGACCCUGAGAAAAGAAUGUGAGAAAUGGGAAGAGAUAGUGAAGAAAGCUUGGCUGGAGAAGGAGGUCCUCUUGGAUCAGACUGUCAAGAGUGAGCUCGGCUGGCAUGAACGCAGACAAGCGAUUCUGACAGGAGCCACGGAUAUUGUCGUUAAUGGAGGUGCUUCCGAGGCGGUCUCUGCACCUGCGGACCCUUCCACUACCAACGGGGGUGCCAGCGGAGGCAAUAAAGCAGAGGACUAG